AGACGUGGUAUGAUUGCCAAUGAGACAACUCUCCACAAGAUACCAAAAUGACACAAAUUAACAACAAACAUAUUUUUUCCAUAUCAUUGUAUCUUAUCAUACUUCAGAAAGAUUUAUGACACAGACUAUCGUUCUUAAUCAAUGUUCUAAUUUUAAACAUGUUAUCACCGGAAAUAACGCGAACUUUCGUUUUGGCUUCAAAAAACUGCAAAGGAAAGAAGUGAAACGGCUAUAAAAUAAUAUUUCAGUAUUUGCUUUGUGAUUGCUGAAGUUAUAACGAGAGGCUCAUGGUAAAGGUCGUAUACGCACAGGCCAUAGAGAGAUUAAUGUACGAUAAGACAAUUUUCAAUAUCAGUACAUUUUUUCAGAUUUUGAUAAGAUUGAAUAUUUCAUUUACAGACCGAUAGUAGACAAAUAUGGCAGGAAAAUGUCAAGCUAUCGGAAUUGAUCUAGGAACAACGUACUCUUGUGUUGGUGUUUUCCAGCAUGGCAAAGUAGACAUCAUUGCCAACGACCAGGGGAACAGAACAACUCCAAGUUAUGUGGCUUUCACGAAUACUGAAAGACUGGUUGGUAAUGCAGCUAAAAACAAAAUUGCAGUGAAUGCCUCAAAUACAAUUUUUGAUGUCAAAAGACUGAUCGGCAGAAAAUUUAGUAAUUUGGAAGUACAGUCAAAUAUGAAAUUUUGGCCAUUCAAAGUCAUCGCAUGUGAAGGCAAGCCAAAACUACAAGCUGAACACAAAGGCAAAACAAAAACAUUUACCUCGGAGGAAAUAAGUUCGAUGAUAUUGGUAAAGAUGAAAGAAACAGCUGAAGAUUAUCUCGGAAUGAAAGUUACAGAUGCCGUCAUCACAGUGCCAGCAUACUUUAGUUUUUCUCAAAGACUAGCCACAAAAGAUGCUGCUUUUAUUGCAGGACUUAAUGUCCUACGGAUAAUAAAUGAACCAAUUGCUGCUGCUUUAGCUUACGGUCUUGACAAAACAUUAUCUGGCGAACAACUCGUCCUAAUGUUUGAUUUGGGAGGAGGAGGAUUUGAUGUUUCAAUUAUUACGAUACAUGAGAGUUCAUUGUUCGAGGUUCGUUCUUCAGUCGGUGAUAGUCGACUUGGAGGCAGAGACUUUGACAACAGAUUGGUCAAUCAUUUUUUAAAUGAAUUUAAAAGAAAAUAUAAAAAAGACAUUUCGCGCGAUGAUCGUGCAAAACGAAAACUGAGAACAGCUUGUGAGAAAGCCAAGAAAACUUUAUCAAGCAGUACAGAGGCAAAUGUGGAGUGUGAUUCUUUGUAUGGAGAUAUAAACUUUUACACAAAGAUAACUAGAGCACAAUUUGAAGAACUGUGUGCAGAUUUGUUCAGGGGUACACUUAUACCUGUAGAAAAGGCGCUAAAAGAGGCCAAGCUUGAUAAAAGUAGUAUUGACGAAAUUGUACUUGUAGGAGGUUCUACACGGAUACCAAAAAUACAGAACUUGCUGUCAGAAUUUAUGAAUGGAAAAGAACUUAAUAAAUCGGUCAAUCCGGAUGAAGCUGUUGCUUACGGUGCAGCCGUCCAAGCUGCUAUCCUGUCAGGCGAUCGCAGCGACACCAUCAAAGAUGUACUUUUAAUCGACGUAGCUCCUUUCUCUCUGGGAAUUGAAACUGCAGGUGGUGUAAUGACCAAACUAAUUGGAAAGAAUACAAGGAUCCCUAUAAGUGUAACACAGACAUUUACGACGUAUUCGGACCAGCAACCCGCAAUGAUGAUUCAGGUUUUUGAAGGUGACAGAGACAAGGCAAAAGACAAUAAAUGUCUUGGAAAAUUUGAUCUGGAUGGUAUACCUCUGGCCCCCCGAGGUGUGACUACAAUUGAUGUAGAAUUUGAUUUUGAUGCAAAUGGACUUUUUACUGUUUUAGCUAUAGACAAAUGCAAUAGAAAUUCAAAGAAAAUUACAAUCACAAAUAACACAGAAAGACUCAGUCAAGAGGAAAUUGAACGAAUGGUUUCCGAUGCUGAGACGUAUAAAAAAGAAGAUGAUAAACAAAAGCAGGCUCUUGCAGCAAGAAAUAAACUGGAACACUAUAUAUUUAGUGUUAAACAGGCUUGUGAAGAGUCACUAAUUUGGCUUGAUAAUAAUUUGUUUGCAGAGAAAGAAGAAUAUGAGGACAAAAUGGAAGAAUUGAAAAAAGUGUGCAUCCCCUUCGCAACAAAGGGUCACACUGGUCCUCAAAACAAUUAGAACGUGAGCUUUGUAUGAUAGUGGUAGCAUGUCACGUGUAUCAACUGAGGGGAAACUGGGUUAUGAACUUUUUGAAUUAAAUGUUCAUUGUAAGUUUAUAAUAAGUCAGUUUGGGAUAUAUCUUCUAUAGCAGGGGUUUACUGAUCAAUGUCAAACCGUUCUUCGGUUUAUGCUUUCGUCAAUACUAUCGUGUGUUCCAUGAAAGGCUGAUCACUUUUUUCUCUGAAGUAAUAGGAAAUCAGAGCAUCGAGACAUUUCGUAGUAAACUUUAAGUUAGCACACUUAACCUGAAUCAAUUUACAUUCUUCUCUAAAAUGUCCUCGAUACUGAAUGCUUUGAAUUCAUAUGUAUUCCUUCACAUAAUGGCCAGGUAUAAUAUCUAGUUCCCAAGGAAGACCCAGGAAUUACUAACGGAAGUUUUUUUUUGUAUCAGUUGUAUGUGUGUAUGCAAGCUAUAGUCUGCAUAAUA